CAUUUGCAAAAGAAAAGAAAAAUGAAACAUGUUUUGCAAUACAAUUAGAGUAUCUUUUAAUCUCAAGUAUAACUUAUCAGGUAAUACUGUUUUUUCCUUUGGCGCGAUGCAUUUGUUUACUGGAUUGCUUUAGAUUUUCUUAUUUGCGGAGGAGUCGGAGUUGGACGGCUAAGAAGGAAACGGGGGCCGGGCUGCGGGGCGCGGGCGGAGUGAGUGACGGCCCUGCCGGCUGCCGCUGUCGGUCGCUCCUCCGCCUCCGUCCAUCUCGCCGCGUAGGAAAACAAACAAACAAAAGCGCCAUUCCGUUCCCCCCAACAGGAAGAAGCACAGUCUGUGUUCCCCAAGAAGCAAGAGCCCACUCAGGAGGCACUCGCUAGCAGCUCCUCCCCGUCCCCCACCACCAUUCGUCUCCAGUCCCGGCCCCCUACACUACAGAACCACAAAACGCCAACCACCAUUAGCUACUAGCUCAGCUUAGCUGCACCUGCACUUUGCGAGCUCGAGCCCGAGCUUCGUCGUCUAGCUCUGCGUGGCCAGGUGGCAUGCGGUGAUGGAGUUCGGGGGGCAGGGGAACAACGGGGCGGCCGCGUCGGGGCACCGGGAGGAGGCGGUGAGGUACCACGAGUGCCUGCGCAACCACGCGGCGGCGCAGGGCGGCCACGUCCUCGACGGCUGCGGCGAGUUCAUGCCCGCCGCCCUCAGCCUCACCUGCGCUGCCUGCGGCUGCCACCGCAGCUUCCACCGCAAGGAAGAAGACAACGCCCAACACCACCACCAGCUUCACCACCGCCUAAUUCCCCCACCGCCGCAGCUGCUCAUGCCGCCGCCGCCCAUGCCGCACCCCUACCCGCCGUCGUUCCCGUACCACCACCACAGCCGCACCCCCAGCGGCGGCGGGACGACGACGACCGAGUCGUCGAGCGAGGACCCGGGCCCACCGCCAUCGUCAGCGGCGGCGGCGCAGGCGAGCCCGGCGCAGGGGCGGCGGAAGCGGUUCCGGACGCGGUUCACGGCGGAGCAGAAGGAGCGGAUGCAGGCGUUCGCGGAGCGUGUCGGGUGGCGGAUGCAGCGGCAGGACGACGCCUUGGUGGACACCUUCUGCGCCCAGCUCGGCGUCCGGCGCCAGGUCUUCAAGGUCUGGAUGCACAACAACAAGCAGCUCAGGAUCAGGCAGCAGCUGCAGCAGGACCAGCAAUCCCAACAGCCGCAGGAUCAGCAGCAGCAGUAGCCAUGGGAGCUCCACCUGUUCUGCUGCUGCUGCUUAAUCGAACCCCAUUCCUCACUCCUGAGUUCCUGACUCGUUCUACUUCCUAGCUCACCCAUCUUCUGAUUUGGUUCCUGAUUUAUUGAUCGCUUCUAGUCUUUGGUUCCUUUUGUUUCUAGUUGAGUGUUCCAUCAAUUGGGAUGAUGAUUCAUGAGGGUCCAUGCUUUGCUAUUUUGGCUAACUUGCUCAAGAUUAGAUCUUUCAUCUUCACUUACGAUCA